AUGUCGAGCCAAAGUGACAUGAGCUCGGUCGUGACCUUUGCUCGCCAGUCCGCCCACCGGAAGCAGAGCAUUGAGAUCAACAUCAAUGACCACUACACCUCCAAGGUCUACUCCUCUGGUAGCCCCAUCUCUGGAGAUGUCAUCAUCACGCCUGCUCACGACUGCCGCUUCGACUACGUUCAGAUCCUGCUCCUCGGCACCUCCAGGACUCGUCUCGAUGCCGUUCAGAUUCCUCAGCUUUCUUCUCACACCUUCCUGAAGCUGGAAAUGCCUAUUCCAGAGUCGGCUUACCCGGUACCCCGGAUCUUCGAGGCCGGCCGCACUUACACCAUUCCCUUCAACUUUGUCAUCCCUCACCAUCUGACCAUCAGCGCCUGCACUCACAAGGCACAAUCUGAUCUCAUUCACGACUACCACAUGCGCCUGCCGCCGUCCAUGGGCAGUUGGGAGAAGGACGACAUGACCCCCGACAUGGCUCAAAUCCACUACGCCCUCAAGGCCCGCGUCGUGCGACAGGACGAACUGGGCGGACGCCCAACCAAAGUCAUGGAGGAUGCCUAUCUGCUCAACGUCCUUCCCGCGUCUCCCGAAGACCCGCCUUUGAACAUCACCAAGCAGGACAAGGGCUACGCUCUUAGCAAGACCAAGACCAUCCGCAAGAACCUGUUUUCCUCCAAGCAGGGACGUAUUACAGCUUCCACUGUCCAGCCUGGAGCUAUUUAUUUGACUCCUGACGGACGUGGUGCCUCCGAGGGCUCGCUUAUGGUCAACCUCAACUUCGAGCCCACAUCCGCUGAUGUUCUGCCUCCCAAGGUGAGCACCGUAUCCGCCAAGAUCCAGGCCCAGACAUGGUACGGCGCCACGCCCAUGACGAGGCUUCCCAACAUGGGUGACAGCCACGAGGUUUACGCCUUGACCCAGCAGCUCGCCUAUCAAACCGCCGUUCCUCUGUUCUCAACCACCGUGGACAAGACACACUGGCGCCAGCAGGUAGCAUCGAUUACCCGCCGCGACUCCGGAUACUCCAGCGAUGGUCUGCGCGAGGCCAGUCAUUCGGACUCCGAUGGCACCCAUCAUAGCCGCGGCAGACGCUCUAGCAAAGAUCGUUCCUCGCCUGUUGCCCAUCUUGCUGCCCUGCAGAUCCCCUUCAAGCUUCCGACAUCGCGGAAGACGUUUAUCCCGACCUUCCACGCCUGCAUUAUCUCUCGAACUUACACUUUGCAGCUGACGCUUGUGGUCGGCGACACCAAAAUCAACCUGGCCGUUCCUGUUCAGAUCGCCGUCGAGCCCCCAGCGCAGCAAGACAUGGGCCUGCCCAGCUUCGAUGCAGUGAUGGCACAGCAAGAGGAGGCGGAAGCAGAUGCACACCUUCAGCCAAGGCUGAUGCAGCAGCCGGCGCCGGAGCUGCAGGGGAAUGCGGUGUUGCCUGGAUACAACGACUUGUCGACGAGGAGGGCGGCAGUCCCGACUGCUUGA